UCUCCCAGCUGCAAGAUCCUGCUUGUGCCCAGCUUGCACAAUCCCUGCUCUUCUCUCAGGUCCCUCCCUGCAGGAGAGGCAACUAAUCCCACUGAGCUCCCAGGCUGGGGAACAAGAGCAGCUUCACCCUUUUUGGAAGGCCAGGGCUUGGUCCUGCUUUCAGCAUCCACCAAGAUCUCUUCUGGGUGUCUCCUGCCAGCUCAAACUCCUGCUCUCCCUCCUCUCCCCAUAUAUCCCACCUAUUCUGGGACCAGGGGAGCAGAUACUCCUUCAUGUGGGCUCUGCAGCACUGUUCCUUUUCUCCACCCAGGCUGCCUUCCUCCAAGAGGUCUGGAAGCACCCAAAACAAACCGCUCCAGCCACACCAGACAGGUUACAGGCAGUCCUGACUGAUGUGCUCAUAGGCUCAGGGCAGGUCCCUGCAUUCUGUGCAGGCAGCAGAGGACAGCAGACAUGGGGACGUGGCAGCCAGCUUGCACACAGGCAUGAGGGGUCAGAACUGCCCAUGCUGCCUUCACCUGGCAGAGACUGGGAACAGAGGCAGAGCUUUUCCACAACCCACCCCUUAGCCAGGGGGAUUUGCAGACAGCCCCACUGCACCAGACCGAUGCAGUUACAAGCAUACUCUGCCAGCUGGAGUAGGAUAUUUAAGGACCCAGCUAUGAAGAAAAGAAGAGGUCGUGCCGAGGAUUUACAGCAUUAAGGAAAAAACAUGAACACAACUGGUGAAAACUUAGCCAGCCCCACCUCCUGGCAGCCCACUACAGGUGAUUUUCCCAACUGCACUGACGUGGAAGCUACUCUGAAGACUUUGUACCUCCCCAUUAUGUACAGCAUCAUCUUCCUGGUGGGCUUUCCAGGAAAUGUCAUCGCCAUCUGUGUUUACAGCUUCAAGAUGAGGCCUUGGAAGAGCAGCACCAUCAUCAUGAUGAACCUGGCACUCACAGACCUGCUGUACCUAACCAGCCUCCCCUUCCUCAUACACUACUAUGCCAGUGGGGAGCACUGGAUCUUUGGUGAGUUCAUGUGCAAGUUCAUCCGCUUCGGCUUCCACUUCAACCUGUACAGCAGCAUCCUCUUCCUCACGUGCUUCAGCAUCUUCCGCUACAUGGUGAUUGUCCACCCGAUGAAGUUCUUCCACGUCCAAAGGAAGCGUUGGACAGCGGUGGCCUGUGCAGCCAUUUGGAUGAUCUCACUGGCAGCUGUCAUCCCCGUCAACUUCUUGAUCUCCUCAAAAGAGGAGGAAAACAGGUCCUUAUGCCUUGACCUUACCAGCUCUGAAAACCUGGGCACAAUCCGGUGGUAUAACUGGCUGCUGACCAGCCUAGCCUUCUUCUUGCCCCUGCUGACGGUGACUCUGUGCUAUGCAUUCAUUAUUUGCACCUUGGCCACCGGGCUCCAGGCACGGGCUGGCUACAAACAGAAGGCUCGCCGGCUCGCCAUUGUCCUCUUGGUGGUCUUCUAUGUGUGCUUCCUCCCCUUCCAUGUUUUUCGGAUAGCUCGGCUUGAACUGCGGUUUUGUACGGCCAACUGCCACGUGGAGAAGCAAAUCCAUGCCGCCUAUAUCAUCUCCCGGCCACUGGCUGCUCUCAACACGUGUGGUAACCUUCUCCUUUACGUCGUGAUCGGAGGUGCCUUCCAGCAGGCCAUCCUCUCUCUUUCAAGGUGCAAGUGGAGAAAAUACAUCCAGCGACCUGGCAGCAACAAUUACACCAACAAGUCGGAAAUCAACUUAAGGUUAUGAAAGGGUCCCUUGGUGAGAAUUCCAGGAAACUUGGGAUUGCUUCGGUGCUGCAAAGCCCUGCAUAGGCAGGUGUGCUGAUAAGGCAGUGAGAAUUGCAGCUGUUUUUUCACUCCAUCUCCAAUAGAGUGCUUGCCAGAAAAAGCUGUCUCAGGAGCAGGUUGAUACUUACCUCUCUUAGCAACCAGAGAAAAGGGAGUGAAAAGAAAAAUCUUAAGCCUCCUCAAAGGUAGAAUUUUAAGUUACCCCAUAGGACUGUUUCUAAAGUUAUUUGGGAAAUGCAGGAUUCUCUUGCUUCAGGCUCUGUGGCUGGUUACAGAAAUACAAGGAGCUUAGUUUGGGCAAGAGAACAACUUCCAUUGAUGUCAGUGCCAUCACUGAUGUAGUGUUUGCUUUGUUUAUUAGAGCUGGAGUGAGAUGCAGCAAAUUGUCACGGUUGCUGAAACCACUGAAUUACAUAGUUAGAAACCAGCUAGAUAAUCAUAUGUUUUCAAAUUAGAUGAACCUUAUGAACUUCAGCACAGGUCACUAAAGAACUGAAUCACAAAAUCUCAGUUGGCCCAGGGAAAGAUGAGAGAGAAGUACCAAAGGAGGAAACAUGGUCAAUGUAAGAAAAGAUAUACAAGGAGACACAUAUAUGGAGAAAAUGGAGGAACAAGGAAUUAAAAACAAAACAAAACAAACAAACAAACAAAAAACUCGGUCAUGUUAAUAUCCACCUCAGAAAAAUACUAGAACAAACAAUCAGAUGAUAAGCCUACAGAAGAUGAGUACAUUUGACUACCAGCCAGUAUGAGUCUACCAGAAGAGGCAGAUGCCAUGCUGGGAUGCAUAAAUAAGAAUAUAAUGUGCAAGAUGUGUGAAGCAGCCCUUACGCCCUCCUCAGCGUUGUUAACCUCUCAGCUGGAGCACUGCGUUGUUAACCUCUCAGCUGUAGCACUGUGUCUGGCCUUGGAGGCUGCCCUUCAGGGAAGACCAGCCGAGCAGAGCAUGGUAAGGGCACCCAGAGGAAUGACCAAAGAGGAAAGGAACUGGAUGGAAAACCAAAUGGUCUGAAAACACCCCAAGGGGGGAAUAUCAGGAAGGGCUUUCUCUUGGGGCAAGUUGAUGAAGAACUGGAAAGGACAAAAGGAGCCUAUGCUGCCAGGUGUCUGAAGGUUCAGGCUAUUGAGGCAUUUAGCAAGAGGAACACAAGAUCACCCGACCUCCGGAUGUCCCUUUUGGCCUCUAAGCUCUGCAAUUAGGCAUAUGUUACUGGUAGAAUCAGUGCUAGCGAAAGAAGUCAUGCCAGGGGACAUCCCUGGCACUGAAGGUUGUCCCACCACCCUGCUAUGGCAUGGGAGAGCCUGGGGCAUGUGACUGGCCAGCAGCAGCCACCACACUCCCUAGCAAAGCCUGGUACCCACCAUGGGUUAGCACCAUUCCCCGCAGGCAGCGGUGUGUGGGUACCACAUGUAAGUAGGUCAAAAAAAUGAUACUGUAAUGUUUUUGCAUGCCUUGUGGAUAUUUAAAAAAACACUUGAUUUGGUAAAGACACGACCAUCACGUACAAACAGUGAAACAGACCUUUUGACAUGUUUUCUGUUUUGACAUGUUUUCAGGUUGCCACUAGGUGGUGAUCAUUCAUGGUCAACCUACCUGGUUUCACACAUGCAUGUCUGAUUCAAAACCACAGUUUACACAAAUAUGAUGAUUCACAUGAGAGAAGUCUUUUUUUUGAUAUAGAUUCGUAGCAUCCUACCGAUCUGACAUGGACAAAAAGUACAAACACACUGCAUAAAUUCUCUUCUCUUUCAUAUAAGUGAAAGCACAAGAUGUGUCUACUACUUAUACAUGCACAUCUAAAGCCUCUGAAUGGGUUAAAAUUAUCUUUUUUUUUUUUUUUUUUUUUUUUUUUUUUUUUUGAUGGUCCUGAGCAAGGACCAUCAUUGUAUUUUUAAUUCUUCUUCUCAGAAGCUCUUCUUCUCAAGCCCACGCUGAGCUUAUCACACACAGACAGAAACUUUUGAAUAAAACUACACAUACAACAUAAAACAGGGUGGCUAAAGGUAAAAAGUGUGGAAUGGAAGUGUUCAAGCUUUUUCAUCUCUGCCAGCAACAAGAGUGACAGUCCCCCAGUUUCAGUGGCUUGGAGAGGGGCUGCUUUUCCAUCUCCUCCUCAUCUCUUUCCCUAACAUUGCUGUAGGUUGGUUGCCUUCUGCCUGUCUCACCUACUGCCUCUCUUCAUUCAAUUGGGGCUAAACUAGAUGAUUUUAAAGUGCUGAAGCAGAUUAGGGAAUGCUCCUGGGAGCCAUGGUUCAUCGGUGGGGCAAUAAUAUCCACUAGAAGAGCAGCUUGGCUCCAUUACCUUGGCUGAAUUUAAAAAAGGACAAAAGCUCAACCUUAGUGCAGGCAUUUUUAAUGAAUUCAAGGUCUGCUCAGGUGCUCUGUGGGACUGAGAGAUCAUUAUCUCAUGUGACUCAUUCAUUUUGCUUACUGUGGAGGAUGAGAUCUCGAUAGCUUCUAAUUUUAGUAGCUGUAGGUUUACUGCUGAAACAAGGAUAAGUGCUUCAAUUGCAGUAAACAGGAGACACUUUCCAAACUCUGUAUGCAGUGUGACAACAAAGCCACAUAAAUUAAUAUGCUAUCGCAGGCUAAUUCACAGCGUAGUUAUGCUCCAGUAACCAGGUCUCUGUUAGAAAUCUCUAGCAUGUUUGUCUGCAAAGACAGUCGUGUCAGCUCAAGUACAUGCCAGCCAGCUACCCUCUGCCAGGGACUGCAGAGUCCAAAAAAGAAACUUUGCAAGGUAAACUAGGUUCACACCUCUCAAAGAGAUGUCAGUUCUGAUGAUGCUAACGAAGAAGUUAUGGCAUUGCUGACUGCUUUUGUAGACAUGUCAAACCUUAUUCUUCACAGUGACUCACUUAGUGUCAGAGACUGCAGCAGAGUAAUUUUCUACCAUUAAUUGCCAGGAAAGGCAAACAGCAUUUUUUACCUUUUCUGCCCACAUCUUGUGUUCCUGUAAGAAGUGGAAGCAAAACUCAAACUCAGCUCAUACUCAGACCUCCAAGAUAGGAAAAAAUACUGACUGCAACAUUUCACGUAACAAAGAAACAAAACAAUAACUUGCAAAACACGUCUGUGUCUUGUUCUAGGUGCUUUUCAAGCAACUCCAGUGCUCUGUGUCUGACUGAAUGCCUAAAAAGAGAGUAGAGAAUACCAUAUAUGUUAUCAGAAUCAAUAACCUGGUUAACAGUUAGUAGAGCAAAAAGCUACCAUGACUUGAUAAUGGUUGACUAUUGCAAGGUCUGUGUUGGGUGUUGAUGUGAGACAAGGCUGCAGUUUUAUCCUUGUGUAAUGGUAUGUGAGAUUGGGCUGCUGUGAUGUUAGCUGUGGAGUUUAACUCUACAGCAGUGAUCCGCCACAUGAAGGGAGGGUAGUGCCAGCCCCACCACUGAGUCAUUUAGACCACAGACAGAUGUUGUCAUUUUGCUGAUGAGGCUAAGCUGGCAGAAUAAACUUGGAAUGACUGCUUCCUUCUGUCACUGUUUUGUACUCUAACAAUGCAGGUUGAAUGAACCUAAACUUUGAAACCACAAACAAGAAUUUGUAUUCAAUUGCUACCAACCCCAAAAUGUAUUUGCCUUUCCCUGCCAGCA